UCUAGAAUUUAGUAACCGUAGAACACAUGCAUCACUUACUUGUGUUACAAUGUAAAUAUGCCCAAAAAGCACAUCUUUCAAAUGUGUCACAUCUGAAUGUGAACUCGCAGUGUGAUGACGUCAGAGAAGGUCAGAAUGAUUUAGUCUGAGGUCAUUAGAUGUCUUGAAUUCACCUGCCACUAACUGCACCCUGGAGGCAACAACCUACAAUUAACCAACCUUACUGGUAAAAAAACAAAUAAAAUGUAUCCAAGCACCUUAAUGCAGCUGGCAUGGUCGAGUCCUUUCCAUACUCCUGUGUUCACCUGUAAACAUGUAGAUGAUCAGAAACCAGAGAGCAGGCAGACAAAACGUCAACUAGCUGCAGCAUCUCAUGAUGAUGCAGAUGUGAGCUGUGAAUAUGGGUCAAAUAAAUUUUACGCCAUUUGUGGUUUUGGUGGGGUUUUAAGUUGUGGUCUCACACACACUGCAGUCGUGCCCCUUGACCUCAUUAAAUGCCGCAUCCAGGUGGACCCGGUUAAAUACAAGUCCAUCUUCAAUGGCUUCUCUGUCACCUUGAGAGAGGAUGGCAUCAGGGGGCUGGGGAAAGGGUGGGCCCCUACAUUCAUUGGUUAUUCCAUGCAAGGCCUUUGCAAGUUUGGUUUCUAUGAAGUCUUUAAGGCUCUGUACAAUGACAUGCUUGGAGAGGAGAACGCUUAUCUCUGGAGAACCUCUGUUUACCUGGCUGCUUCUGCAAGUGCUGAAUUUUUUGCUGAUAUUGCGCUGGCCCCUAUGGAAGCAUGCAAAGUUCGAAUCCAGACCCAGCCAGGCUAUGCCAACACCCUGAGAGAGUGUGCCCCCAAAAUGCAUGCUGAGGAAGGGAUAAAAGCGUUCUAUAAGGGUGUUUAUCCCCUGUGGUUGAGGCAGAUCCCUUACACCAUGAUGAAGUUUGCUUGUUUUGAGCGUACUGUGGAGAUGCUGUAUAAGUACAUAGUACCAAAACCCCGCAGCGAGUGCUCCAAACCUGAACAACUAGUAGUGACCUUUGUUGCCGGUUACAUUGCUGGUGUGUUCUGUGCUGUGGUGUCCCAUCCCGCUGACUCUGUGGUGUCUCUACUGAACAAUGAGAAAGGCAGUACAGCUGUUCAGGUGCUGAAAAGACUUGGACCUGCUGGUGUGUGGAAGGGGCUUUUUGCUCGCAUCAUUAUGAUUGGCACACUGACAGCCCUUCAGUGGUUCAUCUACGACUCAGUGAAGGUGUAUUUCCGCCUGCCCCGCCCACCACCCCCAGAGAUGCCCGAGUCCCUUAAGAAGAAGAUGGGUCUCCUUGACUACUAGACUACUCCCUUAACAACCAGAUCCAGAGUUACUAAAGCUUUUUUCCACAUGUACCACAUGUAAUAUGCUCCCAUAGUUCAUGGUUGAAGAACAGAGUUACUUCUCAGUACUGAACACACCAUGCAUGACACUGUGAAUAUCACUAGACAGACAUGCUGUGAAUAUCAAUAAUGUCACUGUAUGUCUGUAUGAAUAUUAGAGUAAAAUUAAUAACCCACUUAAUCUGUUG